AUGUUAGGCCACGUCUUCAUCACUCGCGAUUCGAACACAUACUCUGUCUCCAUCGUCAUCCACAACAACGCGGGGAAGGGAUCAGGGGUUCCGGACUCUCACUUUGACUUGAUACCCACCGACCCGAGCAGCUUCUACCUGAGGAGCGGACAUUCAACACUCGGCCCCCAGUUGGCGAAGAGCAUCACUGCUGUCCCUGCAGGGUUCUUCAGUCGCGACCCGUCCGACGUUGAUAUCGAGGGACUGAUUGCUUAUAGAGUCCCUGGCCUGGAUGAGGUUGCCGAUAUCUAUAAUCUAGUUGUCUAUUUCGCUGGUACUGCGACGGCAGCUGGAGGCUAUACUACGGUUGGCUUCGUGAAUGCCAAACUAGGGCUCAGCGAGAAGGUCUUGGCGCGCAUGAGCGUUACUGGGUCAGAUGCAACGUAUACGAGCUCUGCUACGUCUAACGUCAUGACGGUGAACAAGAAGGACUAUACUUUUCAGGCGAGUAUCAUUUGA